AUAACGCUGUGGUGCAGUGUGAGUGCGCCUUCGGUGCUGUUUGGUCGUAAAAGUGCUGAGUUACAUAACACUUUUUCAGGGGAUUCACGAGGUAGUGUGGAGUGAUUCGGGAGGCCCUUUGGAACAGAUUCAGUGUCUUGAGUGCCGCCAACUCCGGAUCCAUGCAAAGGCUACAACCGCCGAAGAAACGGUUAGUACCGUGAAGAUGGUACUGAGGUGUCUGCAAGCCCUCGGAGUGGUACUGGUCGUGUCGCGAGUGGCCCAUUCCGGCAUCCUGGACUGGGCAAGGUCCGAUAAAAUCGAAGUCAAUUUGCCCUGGUUGCCUUUCGAGAAUGAGACCAGGUGUUAUGAUGACUUGGGCUGCUUGAAUAUCACAAGAAGUUGGUACCAUCUGAUACUCAGACCCAUCAACCUCUUUCCAUUGCCCAGAAAUGUCAUCAAUACGAGGUUUAUACUCUACACACGCUUCAAUCCAAAUGAGGGGACUUACCUGAAAGUCGAAGACGAGAGCACCAUUGAAGAAUCAAAUUUCAACCCGAACAAAAGUACAAAAUUUAUAGUUCACGGAUUUAUCGACACUCCUUUAUCAAAUUGGGUGAGAGAUAUGAAAGAUGAACUGAUCAAAGCAGGUGAUAUGAAUGUGAUUGUGGUGGAUUGGGCGGGGGGUAGUUUACCCCUAUACACACAAGCCACAGCCAAUACGCGGCUAGUAGGCAUGGAAAUUGCCCAUUUAAUCAAGUUUUUAAUGAACAAAUAUGACAUUGAUGCCAGCGACUUCCACAUCAUUGGGCACUCUUUGGGGGCCCACACUGCUGGAUACGCCGGCUCUCUUGUUCCCAAACUGGGACGAAUCACAGGACUGGAUCCUGCCGAGCCAUUUUUUCAGGGGAUGCCCCCACACGUCCGUCUGGACCCCUCCGACGCCGAAUUCGUCGACGUGAUCCACACCGACGGCAAAGGCAUCAUCUUCCUCGGCUACGGAAUGUCGCAGCCUUGCGGCCACUUAGACUUCUAUCCCAACAAUGGGAAAGAGCAACCCGGAUGUGAUAUUACCCAAACCCCCUUAGUACCCUUAACCCUUAUCAGGGAUGGGCUAGAGGAAGCGUCCAGAGUCCUGGUCGCAUGUAAUCAUGUAAGAGCCAUAAAAUUAUUUAUUGAUAGUAUAAACACACAAUGCCCUUACAUAGGGCAUCAAUGUUCCAGUUUCGAGCAGUUUAUGGCCGGGAAAUGCUUCACGUGCAAGCCUGGAACCACGAACUGCGCUGUGAUGGGCUAUCAUGCCCACUCCAGCCCCGGGAUCGAAAAUAAUGAAAUCUCGCAAGCAAAGCUGACCGAUCUGGUCGGAAAUAAAUACUUCCUAACCACGGGACGAGAGUUCCCGUUUUGCCGAAGACUGUAUCGAGUGAGAAUAGAGUUAGCCAAACCCCGAAUGGCCGAAUCCUGGGUCCAGGGCUUCAUUAAGGCCUCCAUUUACAGUUCCGCUGGUGUGAUCCACGUCGAUUUAACACCCUCUGGUGAGACGAAAUUGGAACACGGCACCAGUUUCACCAGUGUGGUGUCACAUCCAGCCGACUUGGGAGGCAACAUUAAAAAAGUCGAAUUGAGUUGGGAGUACGAAUUGAACGUUCUAGAACCAAAAACAAUCUGUUUGUUUUGGUGCAACGACCACUUGUAUGUCGAAAGUGUAGCAGUUGACGAGAUGGCGUUGCCCGGAAGAGGGAAAAGAGAUGCGUCCUUUUCGAACACGCUUUGUCCCAAGGGAAAGAAGAGCUACUCGGAUAUACCAAGCAGAGGCAAAGGAGUGUUCGUCGAUUUGUGCAAACAGUCAGAUAAAUACGAUAAAAGUUGAUAUUAAACCAGUGAUUUAAGUUUUAAUAAAUUCUUGUUAAAGAAA